AUGUCAGUACGGGUACGUUUCUCUGCGGCUCGUCCUGGUGUCGCUUACGUUUCCGGAGAGAGGUCCAGUGAGGGUGGUGGUUUAGCAGCAGAGAUACUGAGGAAACCUAUGCCUCCUCUGCACAAAGAGGACAACUUCCGUAUGGACGCGCACACAGCUGCCAGCAUCGGGGAUGCGAACGUCAUACAAACGUUAAUUGCGAGCAAAAAAUUCGAUCCAAAUGAGAAGAAUCUUUCCGACUGGGCUCCACUGCUCUACGCCGCCUAUCUUGGUCACCACAAUGUAUGUAAAAUACUCGUCGAAGCGGGAGCAAAGAUAGAUGACUGUAAUCGGAGAGGACAAACACCACUGAUGAUGGCAGCGUCUUGUGGCAAUUUGCAAGUAGUUCGUCUUCUACUUGAGCAAGGCGCCAGCGUUAAUCGAGCCGACACCAAGGAUCGUCAAGCUCUACAUUAUGCAUGCAGUUGUAGCCAAAACGUGGUUGCGGACGCGCUGCUGCAAGCGGGAGCAGAUCCAAAUGCUGCUGAUUCUGAGGGAAUGACUCCUCUUCUGGAGGCAUGCGUUAGCGGACAUGAACUAACCACAUGUAGCCUUCUUGAAUACGGUGGAGAUCCAUUUAUCAAGAAUGUACGCGGUGAAGAUGGCCAUGCUUUGGCUGGGGAAACGCCAAAAAUCCAACAGCUUAUUGAUGAACACAUGCAGCGUCGAGGAAAUCCAGGAUUCACCCCAGAAGCUCCGCGAACCUCCAGGCGACCUCGGACGUUGGAAGCACUAUUAGAGGAGAUGAAUCUCCUUCGCCUUGUUGAUAAGUUCAAAGCGGAGAACAUCGAUUUAGAUCUGUUCUUUGAUCUGACCGAAAAGGACUUCGAGGAGAUGGGUAUUGCAUAUGGACCGAAGAAACGUAUGCUUACUGUAAUUGACAGGUACCGGAAAACUGGCCAAAUUUCAAGCGAGCCCAUCGAGGUCGAGGUAGCAGCGCCUCCUCCAACGUAUACAACAGCUGAAGACGGAGGCCAAAAGGAGAUGGUUGCAUCGAUGAGAUAUAUACGUCAAAUGAACGAUAUGACGAAGCAAUUAGCUAUGGAAGCUUUAGAAGUGGCGAGGAGAUCCAACAACGGCGAUGUGCUGCGACCACUAAUCAUCGGCAUUAUCGAUAGCGUUGAGAACAUCACGACGAGAAUCGCUCGCCAUCAGCUUUGA